CUCGCAAGUAAAAGAAGUAAACUGUAGUCUAAGUUAAUCUAAGUUUAUGGAUAUGAUUGCAUGACAAAUAAACGUUAAUAAAAUCAUAACUACUAUUAAAGUGCUAUCGACGAUAUUUAUAACCUAAGAUGACAGGAAAUUUAACAAAAGCAGUCAGAAAGCAGCUGGUAGCCUGGAUUGGAACGGGAUCAAAGAAGUUUACUUUGUUGUAUAGUAUAACAAAAGAUGGCUGCUCGCCUCAGACCUUCCAUCAGAAAUGCGACAUGAAAGGAGCAACCGUUACUCUGCUAUACAAUGAGCAGAAAUCAGUAUUUGGAGGAUACGCUAGUUUACCAUGGUUUUCCAUUGGUGGUUCUCAUGUAAGAGAUGAUGCUGCGUUCUUGUUUCAACUACGGUUCUCUGGAGUUAACAGGCUGAACAAGUUUCCGGUGAAGCCUGACAAUGCCAGUGGGCUGUACUAUGGUCUCGAUUACGGACCAACAUUUGGUAAAGGACAUGACCUACUCACCUUUACUAAUUCACCAUCUUCAUCGAAUGGGAUAUAUGCAUUAAACGGUAGUAUGAGUGCAAGCAGUUAUGACAUGAAAGGUUUAGGAGCAGAACAUAUUAACAAUGGGUCGAUGAAAUGCUUGGAAUUAGAGGUGUACAAAGUGGAAGAUAUUCCACAACAAUGGCGUAAAACAUCCAAGUGGUGCAAGGAACUUGAAGAAUCGCUUAAAAGUUCAGUCUCCAGCAUGCGGCCCGCUAGGGAACUAAAGGUUUCCGACUUCCGGCUCCUGCUACUUGGUCCCGUGGGUUCUGGGAAAUCAAGUUUCUGUAAUACCGUGACGUCCGUCUUCCAAGACAGGAUCACACAAAGGGCUAUAUGCGGCAAAGCGGCACACAGCAUAACGUCCGUGUACCACCCAUAUACAAUCAAAGUACGUUCUGGAGGCUGCCUUAACUUCCGCCUCUGUGACACACGUGGACUGGAGGAGGAGCUGGGCAUCGACCUGAUACAGUGCAACCAUCUGCUAGAUGGAAAUCUGCCAGAGUUCUUUCAGUUUAGUGCUGACUCUGGAGUUGACACAAAUGAUUCGUUAUUUGUCCAGGAGCCAACCCUGGCCGACAAAAUCCACUGUGUGGCCUUUGUUCUGGAUGGUGCUACACUUGAUGAACUUCCACAGCGUGUGAUUGACAAGAUGAAGGAUUUCAGAAAACUCUGUACUCGGAAGCAUAUUCCCCAAGCAGUAUUACUUACGAAAGUUGAUCUCAUCGAUGAUGUAGUGGCCAGUUCAGUGAACUCAGUGUUAGAGAGUAUCGAUGUCGGCGAAAAGGUCCAGGAAGCCGCCGAACUUCUGGGUAUUCCGGAAUACAACAUUCAUCCAAUCAAGAACUACAAUACAGAGGUAGAACUGGACGAAGGUGUCAACAUCCUCGCCCUACAUGCGCUCCAACAGAUGCUGAACUACGCGGAGGAUUUUAUGGAGAAUAUUCAACAGAGGGAAGGAAAGUCGCUACGGAAUUAUGAGGAAUAUUACAUGUCCGAGUCGGAUGUGAUUGAAGAAAAAACUGGAACGCUUUAAAUGCCGCCUGAUAUCUGUCCAAAGGAAUAAUAUAAUUCGAUAUAUUAACUCUUACGUUUCGAUUAUCCCAAGUGUACAAAUUAGUAUAAUACUUCUGUUACAUUUAAUGCAAUCAUCUGUUAGUAAAUGGUGCAUACUUUAUCUAGGUGAUUUAAAAAUGUAUAUAUUACUUUAAUGUAUACGACUUUGAUCGUUAUCGAGCAUGACUAAAGUGUUACAAUGUUUUUAUUGGAGAUGAUUUUGUAUAGGCUCCUUUUUGCGUUUUGUAUUUGUUACAUAAAUACGUAGUUUAAAUUCAGUUCUUCAUUGAGUAUGUUUUUAUUUUAAUUGUUUAGUGACCUAAAAUCAUUUAAGUAUUUUUUGUUCCUUCAAAAAAUAUUUUAAGAAUGCGGUUAUUCUGAUUGGUUUAAAAUGUUCUAAAGUUUUCUGUUUAUUCUAUGUUUAGAAGUUUAAGAAUUUAACAAGAGUCUUAUAAUAUAAUUCGAGAGAAUGUU